CAUUGCCCCGAUGACAAAGCACUCGACCACCAUGAAGUUGCGCUUUACCACUUACCACCGCGCCGCGCGCGGCGCGAAGCUUGGCCAGCAGGUUCUGGAGAAGAUUGAGUUUGAGUUUCUGGUCGCGGGCUGCCGCGCCGCCUUCAUGGACAGGUUCGUGCUCGAUGCGGUCGGCAAGCGCAUCCGCCAGGCCGCCGUCCUGGGCUCGGGCAUGGACACGAGGGCGUAUCGCCUCGAUCUGCCGCCCCAGAUGAGGAUUGUGGAGGUGGACGAGGCCGCCGUCCACGAGGCCAAGGCCGCGGCCCUCCACGACCAGAGCACCCGCUGCAGCGUGCGGCGUGCCGCGGUCCGCGCGGAGGGCCCGAGCUGCUGCGGGGUGCUGCGGCUCUGCGCUGCGCGGUCGACCUCCCCGGCGGGGCCGUCGGCGCCGGGGCGUUGCAGGAGGCCCUGGCGUCCUCGCUGGACUGCCGGAGGCCCAGCCUCUUCGUCCUGGACGGCGCGCUGGAGGCCUGGGCGCCCGAGGCGGGCGCCGCCGCGCUGGCCGCCGCGGUGGCGGUCGCGGCGGAGGGCAGCAUCAUCUCGGGCGCUGCCGGGGGUGGCCCUGGCCCAGGCUCUGGGUGCUCGGAGGUGGUCGG